GACUCCUGUGAUAGUGGAGAUUCGGAGCCAUUGAUCCCUCAAGGUGAGAUAGACGAUGCAUAUCUAGCUAGCCAACCUCGACACAGGCGUUAUCGUUUCAUUGGAAAGGCGCUGAUUCUAUUGAGUAUUCUGAUCGUCUUUGUGGGGUUCGCCUACCUUGUGGCAAGGUGGACUGCACUCAGCUUUCUGGACCUUUCAGCCAGCUCAAAGGCUGUUGGUAUGAGCAGCUCUGAGAUAGAAGGGAAAGAACACGGCCAAUGUAUCCAAUGGCAAGAUUCGGCGCAUUCGCCCGAAACCAAUUCCUCUGGGCGUGACUUCCUACUCAAAGCGCCUUGUGGACAGAGUGCUGCAGAGGCAAGAGAACGAGGCUGUCGUUUUGGCAUGCUCUACUUUGCAUGGCUACCCGAACAGUGUUAUGAUGAGAAGAUUGAAGAAGAUUUCAAAAAUUUCAAGGAAUGGAAAUUCUGGCUCUUCCAGAACAGAACAGGAGAAAUCACUUGGGAUGAGGCCGCUACUGGAGAAUAUGACCGUCUAUACGCUGAGUGGGAACAACAUCAACGUCAUUGUGUUGAUAUGUUUCGGAGGCUGCAUCGAGUCAUGGCUUCUAGCAGCGGCCUUCUUUCAAUCGAUUCACAUCUGUCGGACUGGGAUCAUACUGAGCAUUGCUCCCGGGUUCUUAUGGAACGAGAGAGAUCAAUCCAUGACCUGAACUCUGUUCGACGACUCAAAUACCCUGACUGUGGAUUGCUUCGCUGGUAGAAAAAAUGAAAUUGUAUUCCCUAAGUAGGUGGACAACUAAGGUUUGGUCGAGGGUGUUACAGAAUGCGAGUUGAGUGAAGACAUAUCAGGCAUGUUAAUUAGAUGCG